AUUUAUGUUGGUCAUAAAUACGUUAUAGUAGGGGUGAUGGCGUUUCGGUCGGGCAUGUAGUGAUUGAAGUUCACGCUUGGAGUGGGGAAGAAAGGAAAAGAGAAUAUCACGUUUUACUCGAGCCCUCUGGUAGCGAGUUCAAGAGGCGUUGUCGCUACAAUCGUCACAGUUGCAACGGGAGUUUGGCGGGCAACGUAGGGACGAUUGGCCAGUCUUCCCUCUUGUAGUCGAUGGUCACCGCAAUCAUCCGGCUGAGUAUCGGUUCGAGUUUUCCCAGGAAAACACUACUUCUCGCGGACCCAUUGUCCCCGACGCGUCGGCGAAGCCCAACGGAAGGAGGAUUCUUCGUGCAUAUACAUCAAGCACCCAAGAUUUAUAAACCAUGAGUUCGAGCGCUUGUUACAAGUGUAACCGGAUGGGCCAUUAUGCUCGGGAAUGUCCACAAGGAGGUGGAGCUGGUGGUAGAGGUGAUCGUGGACGUGAUCGAGAAGGUGGUUUUGUUCGAGGCCGCGACAAAUGCUACAAGUGCAACCAAUUUGGGCAUUUCGCACGCGAAUGCAAGGAAGAUCAAGACCUAUGCUACCGUUGCAAUGGCGUUGGACAUAUUGCAAAAGACUGCCAACAGGGGCCUGAGAUGAGCUGUUUUAACUGCAACAAGACUGGCCAUAUUGCACGUAGCUGCCCGGAGGGUGGCAAUGAUUCUGGACGCUUCGCCAUGCAAAGUUGCUACAAUUGCAAUAAGACAGGUCAUAUCGCUCGCAACUGUACCGAGGCUGGUGGAAAGACGUGCUACAUUUGUGGCAAAACUGGUCACAUAAGCCGUGAAUGUGAUCAGGAUGACAGGAAGUAGGAUAUAACCGGAAUCCGUGCCGCUCGCUUAACGAUAAGCCGUUUACCGUCGCGCGCGCUAUUACCGGGAAUUGUAGCUAGGUAGGGAUAUGCGAACGUGUGUCUCGUUGAUGCGUAUAACCGCUAAAAACGUGUUUCGUCAUAAUCGUUCGAAUUUCAAUCUCUCCAUGCCCAACUCCCGGAAGCCCAUUUUAUUCCUAGUUUCUUUCCCCUCUAAACAUCGUUGUUCUCUUCGCAAGGGUUUUUUCUUAUAAUGUCUUUGUUUUUAUUGCUGUUACACUACACCGUACAUGCGCGCGCGCGCACAAAAGUACAUUUACACAUAGGACACAUUCAAGCAUUACAUGAAUACACACACUAUUACAAUGUAAUAAUAUUAUAAACAUUCGAUUGAAUUAGAGUAGAGACAUGAAUCCUCUGUCCCCUGACCUUCAAACUAUCUCGUACGCGCAUUAUUUUGUGAUGCAAGAUGUAUGGAUUCUUAAAUAUGCUUUGUAAAAGAACGUUCAACUCAGGUCGACAAUUUCUGUUGGCCAUGUUUUGUCAGCUUAACUGGAGAUGCUUUUUUACGUUCGUUGGUGAUUCACAUUGAAACGAGAAAGAUAAUGAGAUGAUAAAAAUUAACAAGAUAGUUACAUUUUUUGUACAUGAGAGGGAUAUAAAAACUGACGAAAAAGAAAAAAACAGUUGUGAUAAGUCCAAUAUUAUGUUCCUUUUUCAUAUCCACGCAUCUUGUAUCCGGUCCUCCCUCUCGAACUCUCUAGCAACUCAAAAAAAUGAAGAAAAAAAAAGAAUAAGAAAUUCAGAAUUAAUGGGAAAGGAAGUGAAAAUGCCGGCCCUGAAUACAUAUAAAUAAGGUUUAGUAACGCCAGUUUUUAAUGUGUAAGGAUGUAACGAGGAUCAUUGAACCAUUACUUUUGUAAUGAAUCUAGUUUCAGAUCUCAGUGAAAACUGCACAAUUGUAAGAUUGUCAGUGUUUACUAGUUUAUAUACAGUUAUACUUGAUCUACGUAUUAGAUUCUGAUAAACUAGGACAUAAGUGUGCUUUUUAUGUCAAAUUCUUCAAAUGAAGAUGAAUGUAAGUACUGGUAUGAUCGUCAGUGGUUAUAUUAAAACACGUAUAUAUGUAUAUAUACAUAUAAACACAGAAGUCUACGCAAGGUUGCACAUUUUCUACCUAAAAUCAUAAUUGUUGUAUUGAGCGUCGCCAUUGUUCAUACUAUCAGUGAUUGUUACACAGACUUCAAAGGAUGCAGUUGCAUUUUACCUUACUACAUCCUUACACAUGGUGAAAUGUGUUUCGUUACUAGGUAUAUGUAUAUAUAUAUAUGCACAUAUGUGUAUACAUAUAUACAUACGUAUGUGCAGGAGCUGUAUUUUGUACUGUAAAAAGCUAGAUAUACUCUGGUCGUUGCUGGUGACUAAUUCUAACGAUCCUUUUAUUUAUAUAUCACAGAAAAAACGGGAGUUAUAUUUUCAUGUAUAAAGUACCGCACUAAUCUUUUUUUUAUAAGUUCUAGAACGAAAAAUUUUUAGAUCACGAUUUGUCUAGUAUUUUUUUUCCGAACGUCUGCCGAAAAUCAUGAAGUGUUAAAGAGAAUAAUAAUAAUAAUAAAAAAAAAU